AUGGAGUGGGAACCGGAGCAACAGGAUCUCGGAGGCCUCGGGCUCGCGGGCAUCUGUCGCGAGAUCUACCGGGCGGUCUUCCGCUCCAUCCUCCCGUACGCGGCGGCCGGCGUGGAAGCCGCGCUUCUCUCUGCGCUUUUGCUCGCGCACGUCGCCGCCUUGCGCGGCCUCAGCUCCCUCCUCGAGGCCGACGACGGUUUCCACCUCGUCGGUUUCCUCGCCGGGUUACUCUUCGAGGUCGUCUCGAUAAUCGUCCUCGACUUCUUCUCGCUCGUCUGCACCGCCGUCUACGUCUUCCUCAUCGCCUCCCUCUACUGUACCCAGGGCGACUUCCGCGCUUCUCGGAGACUCCAGCGGCACCUCCCCCGUGUCCCCCUCACGCGGCUCAUCCCUACCUUCUUAUUCGCACUCGCUCUUGCCUAUAUCAUAUUGGUCUUCUCCGUCGUCGCCUUGCUCCUGCUCCAUUACGAGGUCGGCCUACCGCUGCAGCUGAUGGGCGCAGCCGCUUGCCUCGCCGGAGCGGCCUACGUCGCCCCGGUUUUCCGCCUUGCCUGCGUCGCGUCGGUGCUCGAGGACGCCGUCCUCUUGGCCGCUGUGCGCAAGAGCCGCGCGCUCCUCGCCGGCAAGUUCUGGCCCGCGGCGGCCGUCUUCCUCACGCUCGACGGCUGCUUCGUCGCCCUGCAGCUGGCCUUCGCGCGGCUGGUGCUGGGCGACGCGCUGGGCCUCGGCCUCGGGAUCCAGGUAGCCGCGGGAGUGGCGACGUUCGUGGCUCUGUGGGUGGUGCUGCUGCUGACGCUGGCGGCGCAACCGGUGAUCUACAUGGUGUGCAAGAACCACCACCACGAGGUGGUCGACAAGGUCCACCUCGACUAUAUCGGAGAGUAUGAGCGGCUCGCCGUCGACGGCGACAACAGCGUGGAGCUGCAGCCGGUGACGACGGAGCAAAUCCCUGAAACUAGUGCCUAGCUAGCCGCGUCCUGCAUGUCGACGAACUACUCCAAGAAGCUUUCUCUUCUACUACUCCCUCCGUCCCAUAAUAUAAGAAGGUUUCUCAAGCUAGUACCUAGCUAGGUCCAAAAAGAUUUGAGACAAUUCGUCUGAUGAUUCAAUCUAUGAUGUGUAUUAUGUCUGAUCCACUACUCCCUCCAUCCCAUAAUAUAACAACGUUUCUCAAGCUAGUACCUAGCUAGGUCCAAGAAGAUUUGAGACAAUUCGUAUGAUGAUUCAGUCGUAUGAUGUAUAUUAUGUCUGAUCCGCUUGUCAGUGUAUAAAGACAUGCAUGCCUGGUA